AUGGCUCAAGGGGGCUCUUUCUGCCGUUCUUCUCCUAUAAAUGGAAGUUGCUUUGCAAAUCUAGGAAAGUCUCUGGAUUUGUUUGGAACAGCAUUUCAGCCCAGAGAUGAGACAAACUCACAGUACACAGCAGGGGAAGGAGAAGGAAAAGUCCCCCAUAUCAUUCUGGCUGGGACUCAUGGGAAAUUCUGGGAAAGGUCCAGGCAGAACAGCCUGGAAGAAGAAACCACCAGUUGGGUUGUACAUCACCCUUUCAAGGAGUUCUGCUAUAAGGAGGUUGAGGGACCCCGAAAGCUUUGCAGCCAACUCCACCACCUUUACCGUCAGUGGCUGAAGCCAGAGAAGCACACAAAAGCUCAGAUGCUGGACCUGGUGGUCCUGGAGCAGUUCCUGGCCAUCCUGCCCCCAGAGAUGGAGAGCUGGGUCCGGGAGUGUGGAGCGGAAACCAGUUCCCAGGCAGUGGCCCUCGCAGAAGGUUUCCUCCUGAGCCAGGCAGAGGAGAAGGAGCAGGGAGAGGUGCAGGUGAGAGAAUGUUACCAGGUUACUCAAGAUGGUCACAGCAUGAAAACUAGUGGUACUAAGUUCUUAAAUGAUUCCCUUCUAGGGCUAAGAAAAACAGGAAAAUAUUUCAUUUCCUUACUAAGCAGAUUAUACUAUUAG